AUGAACGAAACUGAAAAUGAAACAAUGUGCUCAAAAUCAGAAGGUUAUGAUUCUACUAGAUAUGCGUUGAUUGUUUAUUGUGGAACUCCGAUUGCCAUUGCUGGAGUGAUCUGUAACUGGAUUCUUUUUGUAAGUCCUGAAAAAACUUGAACCUUAGCCUAAAACCUUAGUUUUGCAGCGCUUGUUCAUGAAGUCCAAAUCAAUGAAAUCACCCACAUUCUACCUCCUGAUUCUAGCAAUUUUAGGUAAGACAAACCUAGCCCAGGCUCAGAAUUCAAAUCUGAAACUGUUCAGAUCUUCUUAUGGAUCUUCUCUACAUCCCAUUCUUUACUGUCGAUGCUUUGGCAAUUGCGGAUGACAAUCAAUUUUUAUACCAUCUUUGGCACUAUUACGCAAUGUUUGUGUUUGGUUUGAGCAAAUUGAGUGAGUUUUUUCUGGAAUUCUGAAUUUUUUGUGGAAAAAAAGAAGAUUAGGCUAAUAGGAUAAUCUAGAAAUCUUGUUUGAAAAUCCAGAUUUUCUAACAAAAUUUGUGGAUACUGGGAAUAUCUGGUUUAAACUUGAAACUCGAAAAUUUUUGAUAAAUAUUCCUAGAGAAUUUAGAAAAAGUUCAGAUUUGCCAGAACUCAAAAAAUACGUGUUCCAUGUGGCAAACCAAGUUUCAUUAUUUUUAUGAUAACUAUAGAAUUUCAGUUAAAAAACUCUGAAAUCCAAACUUAUCAGAUCUCACCCCUCUUCCAAGUAUUCUGAAUCCCAAACCCUCCAUUUUUUCCAGUUCAAUUCGCAUCAACCUACGUCAUCCUCUGCGCAACAAUCGAACGUUUCAUCGUUGUCGCCGAAAUCGCAUCCCUCGAUUUCCUUAUCUCAUCAACAGGCAGAUUUGCAACCAUCACAUCAACAUUCAUAAUGGCUCUCAUCCUACGAAUCCCCGGAUUUUUCGAAUAUCGAAUAGUCUACCAACCAGAAUGCCCCGUCUACGAGUGCUAUAAUUACGAACCAAUUUUGGCGAGCUGGCAGCAUUAUAAGGUGUAUAAUUUCUAUGUUAUGAAUGUUCUACAGAUCUUUGUGCCAUUCGCAUUAUUAUUGAUUAUCAAUAUCUCAAUCGUUAUUGUCACAAAACGUAGAUUAACGGGGAUUGGUUGGGCGGUCACAACAUUCAUUGAUAUGCCAAAAGUCAGUGAGAUGAUUCGAAAAGAAUCGCUAAACUCAAAUCAGCGUCGGAGAGAUGAAUUGAGAUAUGCAACAUGGACAAUGGUCUCUAUAGCCACAACAUAUUUGUGCUGUUCCUCGUUAUCACUAUUCAUUGGAGUUCUGGAAAAUGUCACGCCAGAAAAUGAGCUUCUAUACACUGAGGAUGGAUCAAGCACGGUGUUUUAUACAUUGGCUACUGAUACUGUGAGCAUUUUGGUUGCUGUGAAUAGUCUUUUGCGGAUAUUCGUCUACAUGCUGUGCAGCCCUAACUUCCGGUAAGUCGAGGAGUAACCUCGAUAUAAAUAAAAUUAUUGCCUUCAGAACCGAAUUGCUCACUGAAUACCCAAUAUUCCGAUGUGUUUGCUGCUGCUCAAAAACCGAAGAAUCGGCCAAGAAAAUCAAAGAGGAUCGCAAAUUAUUUAUCGGCUAUCAAAAUCUGAUCAUGGGUCCAAGAGUCGAUAUGCUAUAA